AUGGUGAGUGAAAACACGUUGGCUGGGCGCCGUCGAGCCCUGGCGAAUGAUGGUUCCAUAUACGUCGGCUCCCAGCAGGAUGUCGACGGGGUCCGAGGAGCUGAAUUCCGGGUCGGCGAGCUCCAGGUCCUUCAGAUGGGUCCAAGAGCUCAUACGGCUGCGGCAUCCUCCGGAGAACAAUGUCAGUUUCGGCAGCACCAACGCGUCGACGAAGGUGGACGAUUCACCGCUGCGCGACUGCAGGGUUUUGCUGCCUGGUUCCGGCCGAUGAUCGAUUGGAAAAGAUCUCUGAACGAAGGCCAGUCCUCGUAUUUUCCGGCGAAGGUCGGCGGCUGGAUUUUCGGCAGCGCUGUCCGAGGAGCGGAAGUCGUUGUCGCGAUCGAGGUAGAGCUGGCUGCCUGCAGUUGAAUCUGGAGAGCGCUCUUCAA